AUGAGUGCUACUAAAGCACAGUUCACAGAAAAUCUUCGAGAAACUGAAGACGAAGCCCGCCAACAAGAAUGGCAAUGGGACCAAUUACGAGUUAUGAAAGUGGGAGGCAAUGAGUCUGCGACAAGAUAUUUCCAGUCACAUGGUGGAACAGCGGCGCUUGCGAGCAAAGAUCCGAAGGUGAAGUACACAUCAAAUGCGGCUGUGAAGUACAAGGAAGAAUUGAAAAGAAGGGCAGCAUUGGAUGCACAAGAGUACCCCGAUGAGGUCGUUAUUACCGACAUAGUUGCAGUCGGUACCCCAGACGGAAGCUCCACGCCUGCUGGGGAACCGGACGAUGAUUUCUUCUCAUCAUGGGAUAAGCCAGCCAUUAAAAGACCCAGCAACCCCCCUUCUCGAACUGGCACACCUGGUGGAAACCGUGUAGGCUCUCCGUUCCUCACUCCAGGUGCCAACGGUAACGGAAACAACCGUCCUAAAUCCCCGCUCUCGGCUUCGGAUAAAAGCGGGACAUCCUCUCCUCCUGCUGCUGUCCGAACUGGCCCUACAGUCCGUAAGGGGCCUUCAGCGGGAGCCAAAAAAGGCAGCAUUCUCGGAGCAAAGAAGGGACCAAAGUUUGGCGCAAAGAAGAUUACGAGCACAGAAGCCAUUGAUUUUGACGAAGCAGAAAGGAAAGCAAAAGAGGAGGCGGAACGUAUUGAGAAAUUGGGUUACGACCCGGAGGCUGAGCAAGAAGAAGCCAAAAACAAGAUUGCGUCGCCUACGCCUGUGAACCCUAGUAGACCGAGUUUUGGUGCUUCAAGAGGACAUGAUAGCAACUCGAGUGAAGUUGAUAGGCUUGGGAUGGGCGUAGGUCGACUAGGCUUCGGGCAGGUUGUCAAGCCUAAGGCGCCUCCGCCGAAAAAGCUCGGAUUCGGUUCUGUGGGGCAUGUUAAAUCUCCAGUCAAUGACGAGGAACUAGAAUAUACACAAGCCAAAUUCGGUAGCCAGAAGGGAAUCUCAUCAGAUGAGUUCUUCGGCAGAAAUCAAUACGAUGCCGCGGCUCAAGCUGAAGCCAAAGCACGUCUGUCAGGCUUUGAAGGCGCGACUUCUAUAUCUAGCAACGCGUACUUUGGCCGCCCUGAGGAUGAGCACGCCGAUGAUUACGGGAAUUAUGGCGACUUGGAAAGUGCUGCUAGAGACUUUGUUCGCAGAUUCGGUAUCACUGCUGGCGACGAUCUGGAGAAUCUGUCUCACGUCGUCGGUGAAGGUGCUGCAAAAUUGCAAGAUGCUAUUCGGAACUAUCUGAACAGUUGA